GGGCUUCAUCGGCUGCUCCAUGGCCGAGAACGUCGCCCAAGGCUACGUCGCCGCCGGCGGCAAGCGCAUGUGGGGGCCCUACGGGACUGGCGGGCUUGUCGUCCAGUCAUGGACCGACACCAACUCCAACCCCUGGAAAAUGUUUGACGCGCAGGCCGCCAAGAAUGGCAAGCCCGACAUGGUCUGGGUGCAGGUGUGCAUCUUCCAGAACCCCGGCGCCACGGCCGCCGAGGUGGCCAAGAUGAUUGCCAACGCCCGCCAGCACGCGGCCCCCGGCGCGCAGAUUCUGAUUACCGGGCAGCCCAUCUACCCGGAUAACCCGACCAGCUGCUUCCUGGCGGGCGCGAACGGUCCGCAGCUGACGGUGAACCUGGCCAAGCAGGCAGCAGCGGAUCAGAGUUUGAAUGUGACGUACCCUGGGGAGUUCAAGUUGAUGAAGGGCGAGGUGCAGGACGGGUGUCAUGCGAAUACUGCGGGUCAGUUGUCGUUGGGAAAACAGGCCAUUGCGUUUUGGGGUUGAGGAGGGGGGGUCAUGGGGGGAAUUACCUCGCGUUGAGCUGGGGCGGGUGUCGUGACUAGGAUGGGGAGAUUCUUGUAUAUAUCCUAGAGAAGAAAAGGAGGGGCUGAGAAUGAGAUCUCGGACAUUGCAUCGGCCCUCAAAGUUGUGUAUAAGUUGGAAGUGUGAC